GGAGGGGCAGCAUCAAUGACGAGCAAAUUGUAAAUAUUGCUCUUGAGAGAGCGACUACUCUCAUAGAAUGCGGCUUUGGUGGUAUCAGUGGCCAACUCUUGGUCCGGCUUGCUCCUUAUGGGAUUUCUCUCGGACAAUACUGUUACCUUAGGAUGGGGCAAGGUCUUACGGGAGCACCCGGUACCUACAGUCGCCUCAAGGACAUUGCCAUGGGGCGUAUUCCUGAACCUAACGGAGAGCCGGGAUUAUAACAACAAGCACCACAACCAUGUUCAACUCGUCCAGAAAACACGAGCUAACACAACGAUCUUCUCGCUCUGCUACCACUUCUGUAUCGGUAAGCCCUGCAAAGUUGGAAUCUACAUCGGUACAACAGGCACCUCCUCGCGCGGACUGACGCUUACCCGCGCCGCACACUUAAUCUUGAUGGAGACCGACUGGUGCAGUACGAACCACAAACAGGUAUUUGGCCGGUGCCAUCGGAUCGGUCAGAGAGCUAGUCGUGUUCGCAUAUGUCUUCCAAAAUACCCAAAUUGAAUGCGAGCAACUUGCCCUCGAGAAGCAUUUAGCACGAUUAGCACUGGGAAAGAUAUU